AUUCACCCCUUUACACAGUUCCUGGAGGGAUCACACAGCUGAGAGUCUCUUCUCCUCCGUACUGGACACACAGCAGCUGACAUGGCCCUGGCCGGUAAAGUCGCGGUGGUGACAGGAGCAGCGAUGGGGAUUGGGAAAGCAAUGACGGAGAUACUGAUGAAAAGCGGUGCCAAGGUAGCCCUCCUGGACAUGAAUGAAACUGCAGGAAAGACUUUAAAAGAAGCCCUCGACAAAGAAUAUGGAAAGGAGAAAUCUUUGUUCCUGGUCUGUAAUGUUGAAUCAGAGGAGCAGAUGAAGGCUGCCUUUCAGAAAAUCGUAGAAACCUUUGGCGGAAUGGACAUCUUGUGCAACAACGCUGGCAUCUUGAACGAGACCUUGUGGGAGAAAAUUGUUUCCAUAAACCUGGUUGGUGUUAUCAGGGGAACCUACCUGGCUCUGGAGCACAUGAACAAGUUGAAAGGAGGGCGGGGAGGGGUCAUUGUCAACACUGCAUCCAUGGCAGGUCUCGGCCCGCUACCAAGUUGUCCUGUCUACACAUCCACCAAGCACGGAGUGGUUGGCUUCACUCGAGCCAUGGCGAUCGCAUGUGAGGCAUCGGGCUACGGUGUACGGAUCAACGCCCUUUGCCCAGGUUUCGUCGAAACUGAGCUCUUCAGCAAAAUUCCACAGAGACUGGGGCAAUUCGCCCACCUGGCUGAGGCAACCCAACAAUUAGUAGAUAACCUUGGGACUAUGAAGGUGUCUGAGGUAGCAGAGCCCUUCCUGGAGAUGGUGACAGACGAGACAAAGAAUGGAGAAGCCCUCCUGGUGUUCACCAAGGGAAAAAAAUAUGUGACUUUUCCUUCACAUAUCGAGUAGCGCUCUUCCAUGACAAACCACCCUCAUACAGUACUGGAUCUUGUAAUAAAAACUGCAAUGUCUCUCAGUGCUUUAACAUGCUAUAUAAAAACAAAAUGUCUAAAGUG